UCCGCUGGCGUCACCAUUGCUGACUCGACUGUCCACCCAGUCUCCCAACGCAACGUUGAAGAGCAAGACAAACAUUCGUGCUUUUAUGUCAAACGCCCGGAAGGAGUGUAGGUGUUAGCUAUCGUCCUGCCCGUUAGGAUAGCGAUCUUGUCCAUUCCGACAGCGAGUUCUGAACGGUCUUCAUCAAUUGCACGCGUGUGUCCAGAAUGGCUCUGCCGAUCGUACUGAGUGUCGCUGUGGUGGUGCUAGCUGCAUUGCGUGUCGGUGUGGACGGCACACAUGUCAUCGGUGAUGGUGUGGCGCUGACUCCACCCAUGGGAUGGAAUUCCUGGAACCACUUCCGCUGCGGACUGAAUGAGGAGCUCAUUCGCAGCACUGCUGAUCUGCUUGCCAGUUCUGGCUUGCAGAAGGCCGGCUAUGUCUACGUUAACUUGGACGAUUGCUGGCAACACAGCCGCACUCCGGAAGGCGUGAUAGUCCAGGAUGAAACCAAGUUCCCGAAUUUCACCGGCAUGAUUGCCUACAUCAAGUCUAAGGGGCUCAUGUUUGGGUUGUACACGGACCGUGGAACGUACACGUGCCAGCACCGUCCCGGGUCAUACUCACACGAGAUGAUCGAUGCCAAGACAUACGCUGCAUGGGGUGUAGACUAUGUGAAGAACGACGACUGCAACGUGCCCAAGGGUGGCAAUGCAGACACCGACUACGGCCACAUGUUUGAAGGCAUCCAUGCGUCCGGCAGGCCCAUGGUGCACAGCGUCAAGGGUUCAGAGCCCAUAGCCAACGCACACAAUGUGUCCAACAUGAGACGUGUUGGUCAUGACAUUGGAGACAAUUUCGGCAGUAUGCUCAGUCUGGUCAUGCAGGGAGAGAAGCAGAACCUUUCACAGUAUGCACAUCCUGGAUUCUGGAACGAUCUGGACAUGCUGGAAAUAGGCAACGGAGGUAUGACACUGGAGGAGUACAAAACGCACAUGGCAUUCUGGUGCAUUUUGAAAGCUCCCCUGUUGCUAGGCAACGACCUGACCAAGAUGACUGCGGACAUUCUGGCCAUACUGACAAACGCUGAGGUGUUGGCAAUCAAUCAAGAUCCUAUGGGUGUGCAGGGCAAGAUGGUUCACCAAGAAUUCACAAACAGCACCAAGUCACCGAGGGAUGUCGUAGCUGUCAAGUGUAGCUCCAGUGUAACACAGCAAUGGGUGUAUGAUAAAACGAACAUGACCAUCAUGAACAAGGGCAUUGGUCUGUGUAUCGACUGUCAUCAGGGACGUGGUCAGGUGAUGGCUAUGCCUUGUGAUGGUUCCAGCAAGCAGCAGUGGGUGCUAGAUGCUGGUGGGGAGAUACACAGUCAGUCAGCCAGCUCUAAAACAUGUCUGGAUGUGUACAACUACUCUGGACCUGUAGUGCAGAUGUUUGACUGUAAAGAUGAGAAAGGCAAGUAUGGGAACCAGCAGUUUAACGUGACGACUUCCGGGGAAAUUGUACCCAACGUUCCCGGUGACCUCUGCCUAGACCUCGGUGAAGGAACUGCGCAAUUAUAUGUAUUUGCUGGACCGCUGUCUGGCAAUGCACAUGCCGCGAUGCUCUUCAGUGAAUUGGAUCCGUCUGUCAGCAGUAAAAUCACGGCCAUGUGGUCCGACAUGGGACUGGAUCCGACCACAGCCUAUAUUGUCCGUGACUUGUGGGAGAACAAGGACAUUGGGACGUUCAACGGCUCUUUCUCGGCCGGUGUGGCUGGCCAUUCCAACGUCUUUGUCAAGCUGACUCCAGUUUGAGGGUUUGUCUGACAUUGGCCAUCCAAGCUCAAUGGCAGGUUGCGGCUGGAAGCCAUGUAAGAUGAUAAUAUAUUCGAGCACAGAUAUCUCUACUUCUAUAUCCACAUGUUUUUGCACCUGUGAACCCAGAUUAUUAUUAUGAUGAUUUGCCUUCAUAAGCAUAGUGAGCUGAACUAACUUUUUGCUUUCCAAGGAUUACACUUCUUGCUCUUGUUCUUUUUUUGCGCCUCGAUCCUUGAAGGGUGGUGGCAUUCCUACGGAUGCGGAAAACUCGGCCUCUAGCCGAGUCUGACGCGAACCGUGAAUUGUUCUUCUUGUUGUUCUUUCACUGCUGCUGUGACCCUAGCGGCAUGCUUCUUCGUUCAUAAUCACAAUACAAUAACACACACACGCACAAUAAAAAGAACUGGUCAUCAAGGCCUUGUGGUGGAGUGAUAUGUCCCGUGACCUUUUGAACUAGA